AUAAAUGAAACGGUUCGUUUCAAAAUUGGUCUCUACACCAAUACAGCACCGCCUCUUUAUUGCAUAAAUUAUAAAUUGCACAAUUCUGAAACAAGUUCACAGUUUCUUCUCCUUCCUCUCGAUUCUCGAAGCUUCUAUACAUUUCUACACGCAAUGGAUGCUGCAAAGAAGCAUGGUGCUGUGUUGGCAUGCACAGAUGAAGUUGUUCUUCCUGUCAGUCGAGUGUUUGAUGCUAUUAGAGAACUUGGGAAUGAAGGGGUUGAGCAAUUGGAUCCUCUUAUUAUUACAUCUGCAUCAUCACUGAGCAAGUUUCCAGUGGAAUCUGCCUCUGUGGAUUUGGUCGUUUUAAUCUGGCAGUCUCUUGACUUUCCUUUGGAUCAACUGAUUCAAGAAGUCCUUAGAGUGUUAAAAUCAGGUGGGACAACUCUUAUUCGCAAGUCCUCUCAAUCUGCUGUGGGUUCAGAUGAUAAGGUGAUACCUGGUCUUGAAAACAAGUUAUUAUUGGCAGGGUUUUCAGAAAUACAGGCUUUACAAUCACCUGUCCCAUCAGGAGGCAAAUCUUCUGCGAUCAAAGCUAAAAAGCCUUCAUGGAAAGUAGGUUCAUCUUUUGCACUAAAGAAGGUGGCGAAGAGUUCACCUAAAGUACAAAUUGAUGUUGAUUCAGAUCUAAUUGAUGAAAAUAGUCUUUUGAGUGAAGAAGAUUUGAAGAAACCCCAACUGCCGUCUGGUGAUUGUGAAAUUGGAACUACAAGAAAGGCCUGCAAAAAUUGCUCGUGUGGGAGGGCAGAAGAAGAGGAAAAAGUGUUGAAGUUAGGAUUGACAGCAGAACAGAUUGAUAAUCCUCAAUCAGCUUGUGGCAGUUGUGGUUUAGGGGAUGCUUUUAGAUGCAGUACCUGCCCUUACAAGGGACUGCCUGCCUUCAAAAUGGGCGAGAAGGUUACACUGUCCAGUAAUUUCCUUGCUGCAGACAUAUGAUAGAUAAUGUUGUAAUGUUUGUCAUUGGAAUGGUAUAAUAGAAUUUCUAUAUAGUAUGGGAUUGUAUCGGUUAUGUUACCAUUUCUUUGAGAUAUGUCAUUUGAUACAGUUUAAAGCAUGACUCUGAGAGAUGUGUGAUUUGAUACAGUUUAAAGCAUGACUCUGAGAGAUCCCAGUUUCCUGGUUAUUAUGGUUGUCAAAGUAACUCUUCCUUAUAAUUGCUUGAUUUAAAAAA